GUCACUCUUGACCAAGAAAAUCGUGUUAAGUAGAGGUGAGGGAUGAAGAAAUAAUGAAAGCUAUUCUUGAAAAUUAAAUAACAGUAAAAUUAAUUUGUCGAUAAGUAUUAAAUUAUACUAAGUAUUGUGCAUGAAUCUGAACUAGUUUAUAGAUAUACGGUAGCUGUCGUGUUCUUGAGAUAAUCGUCCUUCCGUCAAAUACCCCUUUUAUUGUCCUUUCUGUUUUGUUUUUCUUUCUAUUUUAAUAUCGCUUUGAGUUCACGCUUACCAAUUACUUAUAAUCAAUUACAGAUGUGAAGAACUAUAUGGGUUUCCUAAAUUCUUGCUUAAUUUUGAUUGCGUGAACCCCAUCUUUGGUUUCUUGAUAAAAAAUUUGAAGCAACUUUUGUUCUGUAUUUCUCUGCUUUGAGUGAAAUUUCUGGAGGAAUUUAUGAUACUUUCGGUUUACUUAUGCUUUUACACUGAGAAAGUUGGAAAAAGUUGUUCUGAAUUUGGUGCAAGAUUGAAGGUAAAGAAAAGGGGAAAUUUCUGAAUUUAAUAAGUUGUAGUGGAAAAAAAAGAACAAGCGGAUCAGAAGAAGAUCGAAUCGACACAAAACAAAAGAAAUGGCAACUCAAGUGGAGGCUCCGAAUGGAAUUAGGUCACGAGGGAAGCAUUAUUACACAAUGUGGCAAACUGUAUUUGAAGUGGAUACGAAAUACGUGCCGAUCAAACCUAUUGGGAGAGGAGCUUAUGGUGUGGUUUGUUCCUCAGUGAAUAGGGAGACAAAUGAAAAAGUUGCUAUCAAGAAAAUUAAUAACGUGUUUUCGAAUAGAAUUGAUGCGCUCAGAACUCUAAGAGAAUUGAAGUUAUUGCGGCAUAUAAGGCAUGAGAAUGUGAUUGCUUUGAAGGAUGUGAUGAUGCCUAUUCAUAGAAGUAGUUUCAAGGAUAUCUAUUUGGUUUAUGAGUUGAUGGAUACGGAUCUUAAUCAUAUCAUUAAGUCGCCGCAGCCUUUAUCUGAUGAUCAUUGCAAGUAUUUUCUUUUUCAGCUCCUUCGUGGCUUGAAAUAUCUCCAUUCAGCUAAUAUUCUUCACCGGGACUUGAAACCUGGGAAUCUCCUUGUGAACGCCAACUGUGAGUUAAAGAUUUGUGACUUUGGACUGGCUAGGACUAGCAGAGACAAUGGGCAGUUCAUGACUGAAUAUGUUGUAACUCGUUGGUAUCGUGCGCCUGAGCUACUUCUUUGCUGUGACAAUUAUGGAACAUCCAUUGAUGUCUGGUCUGUUGGAUGCAUCUUUGCAGAAAUUCUUGGCCGGAAGCCUCUAUUCCCAGGAACUGAGUGCCUCAAUCAGCUUAAACUUAUUCUCAAUAUCCUUGGUAGCCAGCCUGAAGCUGAUCUUCAUUUCAUUGAUAACCCAAGGGCUAAAGGAUUCAUCCGAUCUCUUCCUUUUACCCGAGGAGCUCACUUUUCUUCUCUUUUCCCUCAUGCUGAUCCUUUAGCAAUAGACUUACUGCAGCGAAUGCUCAUUUUUGAUCCCUCAAAGAGAAUAACAGUUACAGAAGCUCUCUAUCACCCUUACCUAUCAAGUCUUUAUGAUCCAACGUGCAAUCUUCCCGCUCAAUUUCCUCUUAAUCUGGAUAUUGAUGAGAAUAUGGCAGAACCAUUGAUUCGGGAGAUGAUGCUGAGAGAAAUCUUUCAUUACCAUCCUGAAGCAGCUUAUAUCAACACAUUUUACUAGUUUCCAUCUAUGUAGUAGUACUAUAUUACUUCCGAUUGGGACACAAGAAGAAGACCUAAGCAAAGAAAGGUAAGUGGGAUUUUUUGUUCUGUACUAUGAUAAAAAUACGCAGUUAAGAUGUUGUGGUCACUUGGAGACAUUUGGAGCAGGGAGGAGAUCAAUCUGAGGAUCACUUGAGGUUAUAAUUGGAGACUUCAUUUCAUCUUCUUUACUUUUAGAUUAUUAGCGAGAGUAAGUUGUCUCCGUAUGACCUAUAGGUCACAGAUUUGAGUUAUGAAAUCAAAUUAUUGAUGCUUGUGUCAGGGUAAGCUACCUACCGGCUGCAUCACACCCCCCUUAUCCUGUCCCGGAACGCAUACUUGGUACACCGAGCUGCCUUUUUUCUUGUACUUUUUAGAUUGUUACUCCUUUGUAUGAAAUAUUUUUGGUGUGUAUUGAGCUGAGGACCGAAUAAGGCAAUCUAUUUAGCCUGUCCAUAUGGACCCUUGGACUAGACUUCUUGUAAGCUGUACAUAAUUUAUGGGCUAAGCUUCCCAUUUUCCUUCCAGCUCGAGUGUUAUUGGCUUCAUUGA